AAAAACAUAAAAGUUGGGCGUCCUCUUUUUCUUCUCCAUCUGCCGACGGAGAGGAAGAAAGUCCAAAAUCGUGCCCUUCUCUUUGAUCCUUGUCCUCGUCUCCUUUCCGUCGAUCGCUCGCGAUUACUAUUCAACCGCCGUGCCUCUAAUUGGAUUCGAUAACUAGAGGAGGGGAAGUGCGAAACCGCGAUGGCGAUGCUCUACGUGCAGACGGUGCAGCCGACGGAUCUGAAUAAGAACACGGAGUGGUUCAUGUACCCUGGAGUCUGGACCAUCUACAUACUCAUCCUCUUCUUCUACUGGCUCCUAGUGCUCUCCGUCUUCGGCUGCUCGCCCGGCAUGGCCUGGACCGUCGUCAACCUCUCCCACUUUGCGGUUACGUAUUACUUCUUCCAUUGGGAAAAGGGGACUCCAUUCGCCGAUGACCAGGGUAUCUACAAUAAUUUGACAUGGUGGGAGCAAAUAGAUAAUGGGAAGCAACUCACACGUAACAGGAAAUUUAUGAUUGUUGUACCUGUUGUCCUAUACUUGAUUGCCUCGCAUACUACUAAUUACCAUCAUCCAAUGCUUUUCUUGAACACGCUCGCGGUGGCAAUUUUGGUGAUUGCCAAGUUCCCCAACAUGCAUAAGGUCCGAAUCUUCGGAAUCAAUGGAUGAAAGGUUUAUUGCGCAGAAGGUAUCUUGGUCUAUAAUUUUCAUUCGCAGUAGUUUAUACAAGUCUUUUUGGGUAAUCCUUUUAACUCUGCGACGAUACAUAGAGCCUUAAAAAAGAUGGGCUUGUGUUCAUGUAUAGAACAUCUGAAGAUUGUAGCCGUGGAUGUUUUGCUGCUUUUGUAUUUUAUUUUAUCUCAAACUUAAUUUCUUUGAUUUUUAAUAUAAAUAUUAUUUGCUCCUC